GCCGAUGUCAAUUAUUCACAGGUCCGGGUGAACGUAUAUGUUUGCCUGUAUUUGUCGAUAAAAAUAUGUAAACAAACCGAUCAGCUGAUCGCGACGUCACGUUCGCCAGAAAAUUUGUUCGCAGCUUCUGGAACGUGACGUCACCUUCGGCAACUUCGUGCGAUUUCGGCUUGCCGAAGUUGACAUGACACGACUACUACUUCAAAAUUAUCAUAUCACAAACACCACUUUGCCCGAUGGGCCUAACCUGGUGAAAUUUAGAACAUUGUGCGUGUGCCUCGUGCGCUUCCAUCAUUCGCAUAAUCGAGUCCCAUCGGAUCGUUACCGUUUUUCCGCGGGUGCAUUGUUAUUUCAUCAUCCCGUAUUUUUUCGGCUUUUCCGGAAACUUAUCAAGUGAAAACAGUUGCGAUAUAGUUCCGCGUGUUCUGACACAGUUUUUGUUCCAAUAUGUCGUGGUUAUUCGGGUACAAAAGCCAGGUACCGCAGGGGCCUCCACCUCCGGGUGGUGCCGAAGGCGGUGCCCCGCAGGAUCCCAGCUCGGCUGGUCAAGCGGCCGGCGAUGCCAAUCUUACCAAGGCCGAGCGCAAAGCGAUGGAAGCGUAUCGGUUCGAUUCGUCGGCACUUGAGCGAGCCGCGGAAGCUGCCCGUACGCUGGAAAGAUCAAAGCAUGCUCGAGAGGCACUUGAACUGUCGAAGUUGCAGGAGGGAACUAGACAGCAGGAAUACGUUGCCAAGGUCAAGGAAUACGAGGCACACAUUGAAGCGUCCAAGGUGGAACAGAAACGCGUAGACCAUGAAGAGCGCCGUAAAACACUGGCCGAGGAGACCAAGCAUCAGCAACAGAGGGCACAGUAUCAGGAUCAGCUGGCCAGGAAGCGGUAUGAGGAACAACUUGCCCAGCAGCAACGAGUGCAGGAGGAAAAUCUUCGAAAACAGGAAGAGAGUGUAGCCAAGCAAGAAGCGAUGCGAAGGCAAACAAUUGAGCACGAAAUGGAGUUGAGGGAAAAGAACAAGAUGAAGCUGCUGGAAGCGGAACUGAGGGCAAAGGCUAAGGUUGACAGGGAGAAUCGUGAUUUGACCUUGGAACAGAUUCGAUUGAAGGCCGAGGAGAACCGCAUCACUGUCAUGGAAAGUAUUAAGACUGCAGGAUCAGUUUUGGGGCAAGGUGCCACAGCGUUGCUCACGGAUUGGAAUAAGGUGGCCACAACGGUCGGAGGUUUGUCCCUCUUGGCCCUGGGUGUGUAUUCUGCCAAAGGUGCCACCGGUGUAACGGCCCGUUUCAUCGAAGCCAGAAUUGGAAAGCCUUCGUUAGUGAACGAAACAUCUAGAUUCUCCCUCCUGGAAGCGGUUCGUUAUCCAAUCCAAACCUUUAACCGCUUCAAGGCCAAGCCUGCAGAUGCUCUCCAAGGUGUUGUCCUCCAACCGAAGCUGGAGGAACGCCUCAGAGAUAUCGCAAUCGCAACCAAGAACACCAAGCACAACAACGGGUUGUUCCGGAACAUUCUCUUCCACGGUCCUCCCGGAACGGGUAAGACCAUGUUCGCCAAGAAGCUGGCCAACCACUCGGGAAUGGACUACGCCAUAAUGACGGGAGGCGAUGUGGGCCCGAUGGGCCGGGAUGCCGUUACUGCCAUCCACAAGGUGUUCGAUUGGGCCAACACCAGUCGGCGCGGUUUGCUGCUGUUCAUCGACGAGGCGGAUGCUUUCCUGCGGAAACGAUCGUCGGAGCACAUUUCCGAGGAGUUACGUUCGGCGCUGAACGCUUUCCUCUACAGGACCGGCGAGCAGAAUCCACGUUUCAUGUUGGUCCUGGCGUCGAAUACCCCGGAACAGUUUGACUACGCCAUCAACGAUCGGCUGGACGAGAUGGUCGAGUUCGUUCUGCCCGGCAUUGAGGAGCGCGAACGGUUGAUCCGGUUGUAUUUUGACAAAUUUGUGCUGCAGCCGGCCUCCGAAGGAAAGAAGCGCUUCAAGGUAGAACAGUGGGACUACAGCGCCGUGUGCAGUAGGAUGGCCGAAAUGUGCGAAGGUAUGUCCGGUCGUGAGAUUUCCAAGCUGGGCGUCUCCUGGCAAGCGGCUUGCUACGCCUCCGAGCAGGGAGUGCUGACCGAAAAGAUGGUUCUGGAUCGAUGCGAAGCUGCCGUGCGACAACACCGACAGAAGAUGGCUUGGUUAUCGGAGCAAGAGAAACUAGACCACAAAUCAAUCACGGGCGGAAAAGGAUUCAUUAUGUAACGUUAAGGUAAAAUCUAGAGCUAGAUUUUUGCAAUAGGAGUUAAAAUUCGGAACUGUGACCGCAGUGUGUAAAUUAGAGACUAUUUUUCAAUUCAAUGAGCUGGCCUCGCGUUAUCCGGUGGAAUGAACGGUGUAGAUCAUUUCUUCCAGUUGCUGAGCAUGUUGUUAUAUUCAGCAUUUUACGGAGAUUGGUCAUUCCGUAGUUCCACCAUGUACGGUUCAGACAACCAGGUCGAUUGGAACGAGUUAUGCAGGUGUUAUCCAACAUAGAAGCAUCCCCGAAUAUCGAAGCUCAGCAAAACCGCUCAUCUCAGGGAAAUUUAUAUUAAACUUCUUCGAGCGGUCCAAAUUUUGUGAGGCCCGAGAGUAACUAGCGGAAACAGAUUUCCCGACGAUGAUCACAGACGAAAUGAAACUUUUAAAUGCAUUUACUAAUCAUCUGCAUUGUGCACCCACUCGAAUGUGUUCAACGACGGCAGUUUACGCUUCGUAAUUUUACAGUUUUUUUUUUGUAAUUUCGUAAUAGUGAUUUUGUUUCAUGUUGGAAAUCUUUUCCGCGGGAGAACUUUAUCUUAAGUUAAUGGCGAUGUGAUUGGUUGUAGAUCCGAAAAGUUAUAUAAAUCAAAGACGUUUAUUCAA